AUGGCAAACCACUACAAUCCGGUGCAGGAUAUGAUGGCAGCCGCCAUAUGUCAAAAACUGUUCGAGUCUACCCCCAACCUGCAAGAGGUGGAGGUGCAGGCCCGUUUUUAUCUGGAUUUCGCCCCCUCCAAGAAACUGGCCAAGCUGAACUACAUGUUUGUCCAAGUCUUCGACUGGGACGCAGAGGAGAACCCCAGGUUCAUGGAAAUGGACAAAAUGGUGAAGAUGUUGGAGUCCUGUCGGGAAUCCGUGACCGAAUUGAGUCUCUCCCUCGUGGGAGACGACGUUGACGACGAAGAGGUCUUUGACGACAUCCCGCAGACUUUAUUCCUCCCAUCCUUCACAAGUUUGACCCGGCUGUCAAUCUUUUCCUUGAAAGCUUACCGGUGGGGUGACUGUCUGUCCGAGACGAACCUUCCGAAUCUGACCCAUGUCAAGCUUGCCGGUUGUAUGCAGCAAGGUUUCAUCCUGUCCGACAUUUUUGCUCCUUUGCUGCAAACUCACGUCGGGAUUACGUCGCUCGAUCUGGAAGCCGUGUAUGACGGAGAUGAAGACAAUGUCGGCAUUGGGACCGACAUCGUCCGUCUUUUCCCCUCCGUGAAAAUGCUACAGCUAAAGCUGACCGUUUUGGAAGAAGUGGAAGACUACGAAGAUGUCCACCUCCUGAAGCAAACGUUGCGCAACUUUGCGCCUUGGAAGCUGACCUGGGCGUUCGUGCAGGUGGCAAAUGUGCGAACUUCGGGCGUCGUAUUAGGCACGAUGAAGGGUUUGAAGCGAUGGAAAGGUUUGCCUCGAACCGGGGUUCGCUUUUUUGGUGCAGGUGGGCAACGUUUUGUUCUGGACGAUACCGUGAAAAAGGUUCUUUUGGCGUCGAGGGAGGUUAGAUGGAUGGAAAUUCGGGGAGUCUUGAUGGAAAACAUGGAUGAAUUUGAAGAAUUCAUUGACGAGAACGAUCUCCGGAUUAGUUUGGAGUAAAUCCCUGUAGCAAAUGCAACCGUUUCAAGGGUAGAACUCGCACCGGAGUUGCCAUUUCGCCAGAUGUUG